AUGGAUCAAUUCUUUCUUGAUCAUGCUCAACGCUAUCAGGAGCUGGUGAAUCGCUUCAAACCGGCGCCUGUCAAGCCAAAGACCAGCAAUGAAGAGUCCAACCCUGACAUCACUAUCGCUACUCGUCUUCGGCCGAUGCUAGAUGAUGAGAAAGAAGGCGGACAGUUGAUUGGCGCCUUUCCUCGAAACAACGCACCUGGAGUGAUUGACUUACACGAACUGCGGAGACCAGUCAGGGGACCUCCUCCUUUGGUGUCUACAAACUAUCGCGUGGAUAGGGUCUUCAACUCCGAAGACACAACCGAAGACAUCUAUGAAGAGCUCGUCAAGCCUCUUGUCCCUUGGGCAUGGGGCGGCGGUGUUAGCACCAUGUUCGCCUAUGGCCAGACAGGCUCAGGCAAAACAUACACUGUCAGCGGCCUCGAGCGCCUCAUCGCCGAAACGCUCUUCUCGAGUGAUAUUCAGGGCACUCGGAACAUCUUUAUCUCCAUCAUCGAACUCGCAGGUAACUCAGCCUCUGAUCUCCUCAACGCUCGCAAACCCAUCUCUAUCCUAGAGGACUCCUUUGGAUCGACUCAUCUCGCUGGAGCUUCAGAGUAUCACGUUACAGAUGCGGAUACAUUGAUCAAGCACAUCAACAAUGCGGCAUCUUUCCGACGGACUGCCUCUACGCAGAAGAACGACUCUUCGUCCCGCUCGCACGCUAUCUGCAAGAUUCGCCUCGAGAACCCCGAGCUCCCUCAAUCUGACGACGGGCUUCUCUAUCUAAUUGAUCUUGCCGGCUCAGAAGCUGCAAGAGAUGUCACCGAGCAUUCAGCUCAGCGCAUCAAAGAAUCUCGAGAGAUCAAUGCUAGUCUUUCUGUGCUCAAGGACUGUAUCCGGGGGAGAGCCAGUGUCGACGCUGCAGGUCUCGCCACUGGCAAGAAGGUCUACGUACCUUUUCGGCAGAGUGCUCUGACUAAAGUUCUGAAACAUGUUUUUGAUCCUGCUGCCGAGCGCAGCUGCAAAACCGUCGUUGUAGCCUGUGUCAACCCAAGCUUCCUUGACGUUGGAGCUACCAAGAACACGCUGAAAUACGGAGAAAUGCUGAGAAUCACCGUCCCUAAAGCUGCCGUGCCGAAAUAUGAUGCUUCAAAGCCAAGCACCUGGCCCCAGGAUCUGCUCCAUGACUGGAUUCUCAAGAACUCUGGCACCCCGCCCGUUUCCCCUACAGCUCUCGCACCCAAAGAGACGGGUAUCCAACUUCUUCGGCUCCCGGUUCCAGAGUUCAUCACACGCUGCCUCAAGACUCCGGGCGUCACUCUCGAACAAGCGACCGCCUUCCAAGCUAAAUUCUGGCGUCUUCACAUCGAUUCGCAGCGAGCCUCUAACAAGCCAAAGACGAGCCAGAAAGACGCCAAGCCGGAGAAAGAAGCUGGAAAACAGGGACUUUCAAGCCAAGACCCGAGACCCGAGAUGGCAGACGCUCCAUUCAAAGAGCGUCUUCGGCCUGGAAUGGUGGUUAGCUGGAAUCCGUCUGACGACACUCCAGGAUUCUAUCGCCUGCCUGGGCGUAAUCUCGUCAUGAUUCUAAGUCCUGAAGGUGAGGGAGCCUUCAGAUGCGCCGUCACUGUUCCUGCAAUCAUGUCAGGAGCCUUUGAGAUUUACCUUUGGCAACAAGUUGUUGCCCAGGUUGAUACCAUGGAAGCAGAGGUCUUGCUUGAAUAUGACCCCGGAACUAGGUAUUACUACGAAAACGUGUAA